AUGGGCAAUGACAAGGCGCCAGCGCACGUGCGCAUCCACAACCCGCUCCUCGACGCCCUCUUCAACGCAGACGAAAAAACGCCGUUCAAAAACACCAUACAUGAGCUCGCACAAGCACAUUCCGAUUUCUCGAUCCUAGUUCCUCCCGCCUCGGUGCUACUAAAUUGCACAGACUUGGCGCGGCAGCGGCUUGUCGAACUUUGCUACACAAACGAAGAGUUUGUACGCAGCCAUAUAAUCCGAACCACGUCGGCGUCGCCAGCGCCAGUGACGCCUGUAUCGAAGCAAUAUCUGCUCAUAUACAGCACGAUGAACGGCAAGCAGAUUCUCUUGAAAAACAAGGCGGUUUUCACGGGAAAGGGCUUCCGCAACAGCUUGAAGGUUGCCGUGGUGUCGGUGGGGCAUUUCGUGUCGUUUUCCCCGCCUUUCCCCCAGGGAUGCUCCUUCUCGUUGAUCUAUAUUGAGGCUUCUUUAUACGGCCCACAGCCGGCUGUGGACACGCCGCCCAAAGACCUCCUGGCCCUCAAAAACACGCCUGACCCAAAGGCACAGCACCGGGUGGGUGAUUUUGCGGAGUGGCUCCGAAAACACCCGAUUCUCGCCAAGACCAUGCUGCCCAGUUUCCAUGCGCUUUUCCACCACCACAACCGCGACGUCGAGCUGCUCCGAACACAACGCAAAAUGCCCCUCACGCAAAUCAAGCGGCUUUUCGACCGCCUCGUCCAGGCCGCGUCGCAGAUCGUGCAAAGCGCCGUGAACGCAGACACGUCUGAAGGCGAACGCACGUACGACUUGUUGCAGUCGCUUUUGGCGCGUGGCCCGGGGCUCGACAUGAACAGAAUGAUCCACGAGUACGUGGAACUCAACAUGUACAAACAAGUGUGGCUGCUGCUCGUCUACCAGUACAAAGACGCUGUUCCGGGCGAGCGGAUCGAUGACCUGGAGUGUCCCAGAACCGUGCUCACACAUGCCUUGUACGACGACUUAGCAUGUUUGUCCUUGAACCAGCUCGACGUGCCUGUGACCGCUCCAUGGGACCUCAAUAUCCUCCACCGGCGCGUGGCCGAUGCCAUCAAUAUCUUUGCCACUCUUUCGGGGCCCAAUGUCGCCAGCCAGCGACUGAAAAUCGCCGUGAUCAAAGAAACGGUGCUGACUUUGACGGCAGACGCCACGCACGUGUUUUCGGGGCCCGUCAUCGACGCAGACACGCUCAUUGGGCUCUUGAUCAUGGUGGUGGUGCACUCGAAAGUGCCGAAUCUUGAGGCCCACUUGUUCUACAUGCGCAACUUCGGGUUUUCUCUGCAAGGCCCAGAGGGCAACGCCCCCCACGGCACCGACGAGGACUGGGGCUUCAUGAGCUACAUUCUUAGCAACAUCGACGCGGUGAUAUUCCAUCUCCAUGGGUCUGGCGACAGCGGCCAUCUUGCGGAAAUGAGCCUGGCCUCCGCCAAGAACUACAGAUUCUGGUACGCCAUACAGAAGCAAGAUGUGGAUACCGUCGAAGCGUUUUUGGACUCGGUGGAGCAAGAGUUCAGUGGCAAAGAGCUCCCAAAGCAGCAUGUGUUGCGCAGUAGAAACAUCAACGGCGAGAGCUGCUUCCAUCUCGCCAUCAGAACUCGCAACCACCACAUUUUCUCCAUGCUCUUGAACCGAACCGAGCAGUGGAUUCUCCUAGAAGAUCUCAUUUUUGACAAGAACACAACCACCAACCAGAACUUGCUAAUGACCGCGCUUGAAGAAGAAGUCCCGGAGAUUGUCUGUGAAUUGAUCGAUGUUUUCCUUGCAAGCGCCACUCGCGAGGAACAGGCGUUGUAUUUCAAUUCGAGAGACGCAAAUGGCCGGUCUGUCGGCCACUAUUUGUCUCACGACCUCUCCGCUUUGGACAGGUUGGGCAUGCUUAUCGAUUGGGAGGCCCGGGACUCAAGCUCACACACUCCGUUGUUCAGCUUUUGCAGAUGCUACGACCAUCCGCAAUACGAACAGUUGGUGGCCAAAGCAUUUCGUUUCGUCAUGAGUAAAACCACACUGGGACUCAUAUCCUACGAUGCUCAUACAGACAGGGCAGGCAACACUUUGCUCCACGCCCUUGCAAGGGGCUUGCCCGAAUCACGCUUGCUUUCUGAACCUCGUGUGUUGAUGAAUGUGAACCAGAUGAACCACAAAGGCGUCACUCCUGUCGCCUUGUACGUGCGGUAUAAUCGGCUUGCUAACCUAGAAAACAUAUUCAGAGACCCGCGGCUCGUUUUUGACAUCGAAGAACCGAAAUACUGCUACAAUCUCAUGGACUACUAUUCUUUUUCUGCCAGCAAGAGCUUGGGCGGGCAGAAUGAGGAGUUCUUGAAAAUAGAACGCUGCGUGGCAGAAAAGUACUUUGGCGAAUACUAUCCCAGGGGAAAUAGCAUUCAGAUUGGGUUUGUCAAUGCAAGAUAUGACGGUGCAAGCAGCGACUGGACCAUCAACACUUUCCAUUGUCGGCUGAACUCAAACGGAACUUUCGUGUCCAAGUACAUCCCGCUAGAAAAGAUACGGCAGUUUUAUAAGCUCGUGCAGUUGGAAUCCUCCAUGAGUUUCUUGCCACCCGAAGAGAUAUUCUGGAUGAAUUUUGUACGUGGUAAGACGACAGUGCCCAUCUGCUCAAAGUACAAGAGCAAUCGCAUGUUGGAGCACUUGUCCAUGUUUUUUGCUCUCUCAAACUACCUUCGCGCCGACAGAAGGAAGCAGUUUUUGAGACUAUUCGCCAAAUGCUGCAAAGAUGACUCGGCCCUGGGGUUGGAUCUUUUAAAUGGGAUUUCCAUCAAGAGGGAAUCUGCGCGCAAUGCUGUUGGUGACGUGACUCUAUCUGAGUCGAAUAUCCAAGAGAUUGUCUAUUUCGUCGAGUACUCCAUUGCGGAUCUCUCGAAGUAUAGGCGUGUUUUGAGUGAUCUUAAUACCCUCACCGCCUUGGCGAUCGUGAGACAAAACGACACUCGCAACGUCACUGACCAGUUCUUCUGCAACAUUAGCGGGUUGGGGAGGAGCCAUCAAGACGGAAGCACUGAGUUUCGGCGGCUUGAUGGCCCGUACCUCGAGCUUCAAAAGUAUAUUGGGUGGAUCGAGCAGUGCACGGGGGAACUCAUUGCCAAAUGCAACUCGGUGAUUGAGAAGACUGGGAGGUGGCGCGAGACAUACUCAAAAAUCAAAGAGAUGAACUCGGAUCUCCACAAGUUUGAGGAUUUGGUUCUUCCACAUAUGAGCCAGAAUGCGCCGGAUAACUCGGAAAGUGUAGAUAGUGCUCCUUCUGCCAUGUCCGACAGCUCAAUGUCCAGGAGAAACACGCUAUCACUCGGUGAAAUGCCUCUAGAAGAGGAUCCAGAAGACGGCUUUUUCUUUAGCUUUGGCUUGAUAGACAGCAAGAAAUCCCGCUACCGAAAACUCGUGCUUGCGAAAUCCGAGGAGGUCAAGAAACUCAUGGAUCUCAACGUGGACAUCAAGAUUGUCCACGAGGCGUUGGCGGCGGAAAUCUCGCAGUUUUUGGAGUACAGGUCGGGCGCAUUGAAGUUUGGCAUAAGGCAGUUUACGAACAGGUCGUUGGUUCUGUUGCGAAACCGCCACUUUGAGCUCUCGAAGCUUCUUUAUGGAACUCGAACAUACAUGAGCCCGACGUGA